AUGCUCCUCCACUUCUUGGUCCUGGCCCUCGCCCUUCUCGGCUCUGUCGAUGCUCGACCUCGCCGAACUCCCAACCACCGUCGUUCUCUCCGCCACCUCCAAAAACGACUCACCAACCCCUCGGUUUCUGGCUGGUCAUAUUCCGGCUGUGUCCGCGAUGGCAGCGCCCGAGCUCUGACAGGGCAGAAUAAAGGGGAUGCCAGCAUGACUCCUGCUCUCUGUACCUCUUGGUGCGCUGCAUCCAACUAUAUCUAUGCUGGUCUUGAGGCCAACAACCAAUGUUAUUGCGGCAACUCUCUCAAUAACAGUGUCGGAUACUCUGUCACAGAAUCAGAAUGCAGCGAUACCUGCGUGGGCAACACCGCCUACGCCUGCGGUGGAUCAUGGAGGCUCAGUUUGUACAAGAGCAACAGCGCCGGGACAUGGGCGGGAUGCUACAAAGAUAGUGGGAGCAGCCGGACUCUUGACGGAGUCAAGACGACUUCCAACAGCAUGACGGCUCUGGUUUGUAAUGCGUACUGCUCCGGCCUGGGGUAUGCGUACGCUGGUACCGAGUACUACAACGAAUGCUAUUGCGGCAACAGCUUGGAUAGCACGAGGCAGGAUGUCGAUACCAAGUGUCAAUUCGCGUGCAAAGGCGACUCGACGCAAUACUGCGGCGGAGACACUCGACUGGGCGUUUAUGCUCUCAGCUCGUCCUCUACCAGCAGCAGCACCACCGCAUCCACUACCUCCAAAGCCUCGAGCACGUCCUCAGCCGCAACCAGCACUUCUUCAGUGGCCGCUGCCAGUACCAGUGGUAUCACCGUUGUCUCCGGAUCAACAUGGAUUGGAUGCUAUUCCAAUAGCGGUAUUGAGAGCGCUGUCAGUGCUACAAAGUAUUCUUUGAGCACCAUGACCGUUAGUACGUGUAUCAGCCACUGCUCUGGCCUUGGGUAUUCUUUCGCCGAACUGCAGUAUUACAGCGAGUGCUAUUGCGGUAGUUCCGCUCCUGCAACUUCUCGAAAGAACUCGGACAACACCAAGUGCCUCUAUGCCUGCAAGGGAGAUUCUUCGCAGACAUGUGGCGGAGCCGGCAACCUCGGCGUCUACUCUAUUGGAACGGCUUCUACCUCAUCUUCAGCCUCUUCUACAUCUACCACUUCCAAAGCGACCACUGCUACUUCGACCACAGCUUCGACCACCUCUUCUGUGGCUGCUGCCAGUACCAGCGGAAUUACCGUCGUCUCUGGCUCGACAUGGGUGGGAUGUUACACCAAUAGCGGUAUUGAGAGCGCUGUCAGUGCUACAAAGUAUUCUUUGAGCACCAUGACCGUUAGUACGUGUAUCAGCCACUGCUCUGGCCUUGGGUAUUCUUUCGCCGAACUGCAGUAUUACAGCGAGUGCUAUUGCGGCAGUUCCGCUCCUGCGACCUCUCGAAAGAACUCGGACAAUUCCAAGUGUCUCUAUGCCUGCAAGGGAGAUUCCACCCAAACUUGUGGCGGCGCCGGAAACCUCGGCGUCUACUCUAUCGGAACGGCCAGCACCUCCUCUUCAGCCUCUUCCACCUCUACCACUUCCAAAGCUACCGGUAUCACUCUUGUUUCCGGCUCGACCUAUUUGGGGUGCUAUACCAAUAGCGGUAUUGACAGUGCUGUCACCGCCACCAAGUACUCUACGACCAGUAUGACUGUCAGUCUGUGUAUGAGCCAUUGUACUAGCCUCGGCUACACUUAUGCCGGUCUUGAAUAUUACAGCGAGUGCUAUUGCGGCAGUACAGGCCCUGCUUCUUCUCGAAAGAACUCGGAUGACUCCAAAUGUCUGUACGCCUGCAAGGGUGAUUCUACGCAGAAAUGUGGUGGUGCUGGAAACAUUGCCAUCUACUCCAUCUCUGCCUCGACCAUAUCUGCGGCUACCACCUCUACAUCCACGUCUGCCACCGUCUCCACCACGUCCACUGGUACCGCCCCUUCAUCCUCCUCCACCUCCGGCGUCGGCUCCAACCCCGCAUGCUCCAGCACCAAAUACGUCUACGCCCACCACAUGGUCGGCAACACCUACUCCUACACCCAAUCCAUCUGGGCUUCCGACAUUGCCCAGGCUUAUGCCGCGGGUAUUGACGGGUUCGCGUUGAACUAUGGGUCGGAUAGCUGGCAGACGUCGAGGAUUGCCGAUGCCUACGCUGCUGCCAAGGCGCAGGGAUCUUUCAAGCUGUUCUUGUCGAUGGACGUCACCUCUUUGAGCUGUUCGUCCGCUGCAGACGCCGCCACGCUCGUCAGUACCGUCACAACCUAUGCCUCCCACUCUGCCGCCGCCAAGUAUGAAAACAAGAUGCUUCUCUCGACUUUUGCUGGCGAGUCUUGUACUUUCGGACAAGGAUCGUACCAGGCUGGCUGGACGUACUUCCGCACGUUGCUCUCCAACGCCGGUGUCUCUGUCUACUUUACGCCCGCCACCUUCGCCGAUACUUCUACCUUCUCCAGUAGUUCGUGGAUGGACGGCGAGUUUAACUGGGACUCUGGCUGGCCUAUGGGCAGUACCGCUCUCGACACGUCCUCCGAUACUACCUACUUGGCGGCAUUGGGCAACAAGGAGUAUAUGGCGGCUGCUUCUCCUGCGUUCUUCACCUACUAUGGCCCGUCUAGUUACAACAAGAACUGGAUCUACAGGUCUGAUGACUGGUUGUUGGCUAGGAGGUUGGAGCAGAUCAUUUCUCAGAGGGUGUCGAUCGAUCUGAUCGAGCUCAUCUCAUGGAAUGACUACGGAGAGUCCCACUACCUCGGUCCCAUCCGAACUGACCAGCCCAACUCUCAAGGCUGGACAGCCGGCAUGCCCCACACCGCCUGGCUCACCGUCGUCUCCUAUUACGCAUCCGCCUUCAAGACCGGCUCUUACAGCGCCGGCAGCGACCAGCUCGUCCUCUGGUCCCGACCUCACCCCAAAGCGGCCACUCCCUCCGCAGCUACCAACUCUCAACCGACCAACUGGAACUAUACCGAAGACAACCUUUAUGUCUGGGUGGCGCUCAAGUCGGCUGCGACGGUGUCAAUUACGAGUGGUAGCAAUACGGUGUCUUGGAGCUUGGCUGCUGGUGUGAGCAAGCUGAGUGUCGCCAGCUCGGCUGGUACGAUUGGAGCGAGUAUUGUGAGGAGUGGCUCCACCGUCAAGAGUUACAGCUCUUCGGGCUCGUUCACCUACACUCUUACCCCAACCGACUACAACUUCAACUACUUUGUCGCUUCGGCUUGA